AUGAAUAUUUUUAGUAACGUAGAACAUUAAAAUAGCCAAGACAAAGACAAUGACGCCAAAGAAAAGGCCAGAAGAAUGGAAAACCAUACUGUUGAGUUAAGAGAAAAGAAGCGUUUAGAUAUUCUCAGAAAAAAUAGAAAUAUUGACAAGUCAAAUUAAGGUUCUGAAUAGUCUUAAUAAGAAAGAGGUGGACUUACUCAUUAAUACUAAGCAUUAAUGAGCUUGGAGCCUGAAUUCAGAGCCAAGAUCGAGUAAAUUUACAAGAUAACAUUCAAGUUCGAGCAAAUUGGAGAGUUGGUAAUUGCUCUCAACUCCUAAGAUGUUCUUUUCUAGCACCAUGGAUGUAUUGGUCUUAGAAAGUUGCUUUCUAUUGAAGAUUCUCCUCCCAUUUAAAUUGCCAUCGACUCAAAUUGUGUUCCUCGUUUUAUUGAAUUCAUCAAAUAAAGUACUUAUCCUGUUCUUCAGUUAGAAGCUUCAUGGUGUCUUACUAACAUCGCUUCUGGUACCACUCACCAAACACAAUCAAUUAUAGAUAAGGGCGCCAUUCCUCUCUUCUGUAAGCUUCUCCUUUCUCCUUUCCAAGAUAUAGCCGAGCAAGCAAUUUGGGCUAUCGGUAACAUUUCAGGUGACUGCAGCGUCUACAGAGACAUGAUUCUUAAAUGUGAUGGACUCAAGCCUCUUGUUAAUAUUUUGUUGAAUACAAACGAUAGAAAAACUAUAAAGCAUGGAUCUUGGGCACUCAGUAAUCUUUGCAGAGGUCGUCCCUUACCUGAUUAUAAUCUUGUUUAAGAAGCUGUAAAGCCACUUUGCAAGGUCCUUACGCAAGAAACUGACUCUGAAGUCCUCACUGAUUCUUCAUGGGCAAUUAGUUACUUGAGUGAUGGUGAUGAAGAUAGAAUUCAACGUAUCAUUGAUACUGGCGUCAUUCCUACUUUAAUAAGAUUAAUUAAUCACUAAUACCUUUCUGUAUUAAUUCCUUGUUUGCGUACUCUUGGUAACGUCUGCACUGGUACUGAUGAAUAAACUGAAGAAGUUCUUAAAUAUAAUGCCCUCCCAGAAAUAUUUAAGCUUGUUAAGCACCAAAAGAAGGCUGUUCGUAGAGAAGCUUGUUGGGUACUUAGUAAUAUCGCAGCUGGUAACGAAAGAUAAAUUUCAUAGAUAGUUAAUCAACCUUAAUAUGUUUAAUGGCUUUUUGAAUGCAUGAUCUAAGAUUCUGAUGAAAUUGCCCGUGAAGCUACUUGGGUCAUUUCUAAUUGCACUUCUCAAGCUAAUCCCUAAGACAUUCGUAAACUUGUAGAAAUGAAUGUAUUAAAGAUAUAUACUGACAUUCUUAAAUCUACAAAGGACGUUAAAACAAUAGCUGUUAUUUUAGAAUCAUUAAAACACAUUCUCGAAUGUGGUAAAAAUAACUUUAUGUAAGGCAACGAUAACCCUUUCUGCAUUCAAUUAGAGUAAUUCGGUGCUUUAGACUUUAUUGAAGAACUUUAAAGACAUCCUGAUGAUGAUGUUUAUAGAAGAUCUCUCGCUAUCCUUGAAAAUUACUUUGAUUUAGAAGAUGAAUAAGUUAUUAGACCUGAAUGA